GUAAUCUUGUGGCAAAGGAUUAUGCAAUACAUCAAGAAAACAAAAGCCUUUUACUCAAAUUGCAAGAAUUGCAAUAUAAGCUUGAGGGCAUCUAUUCUGAUAGCAUUGGUAUCGAUAUAAUCCCAAUACAAAGUCUAAGAAAUAUUGAACGUGAAAAUAACUUGCUUAAAGAGCAAACUAUUGAAAAUAAGAAUAAGAUUAAAAGAG